AUGAGCGCCAACGCAUCUCCAUUCAGUCACGGCCUCGAAGGUGUCAACCAGUAUGGCAACUACCUCUUCGCCAACCUCCUCGUCAUCUCCUUCAUGGGCCUUCUGGCCGGCACCCUACUGUACAGAUGGAUCAAGAUGGGACAUGCCCAUAUGCGACACUUGUUUACCAUGGGAAGAGAGUCGGACCAGAGGUACUUCAUGUAUAACCACACACAGCUUUGGCCGUGGAUUAAAAGGCACAUACUUUACGCUCCGCUGUGGAAAAACAGGCACAACAGGGAGUGGAAGCUCAACAAUUCUGUCAGUAUGGGCACCUUGCCCUCAAGAUUUCACACACUCCUUUUAUUGGUCUAUCUGGCUUCGAACACGGCAUACUGCUUAGUAGUGGAUUGGAGCAAGCCGAAGCCAUCGGUCAUUGCAGAACUUCGUGGCCGGACAGGAGUGCUGGCCGCACUUAAUAUCAUACCCACCAUCCUUUUCGCUUUACGAAACAACCCAGCCAUACGACUGCUACGUGUACCUUAUGACACAUUCAACCUUCUACACAGAUGGUGUGCUCGCAUGUUGGUCCUUGAGAGCAUACUUCAUACCAUAUUCUGGGCAAUCAAUGCUUACAACGCCGGCGGAUCUCGACAAAUUGGAGUUUCACUGGACACAUCAUUGAGCUACAGAUGGGGCAUGGUUGCUUCAUGCGCCUUUACAUUCAUCGUCAUUGCAGCCACGGGACCAUUACGACACGCCGCCUACGAAACUUUCAUCAUGUCUCAUCGACUGCUGGUAAUCGUUGGUAUUGCUGGUGUCUACGUUCACCUAGAUGCCGCAAAUCUACCAAUGUUGCCAUACGUGCAGAUCAGCAUUGCAUUUUACGCAGCAGAAGUCUUCCUUAGGUUCUUCAAAGCUGCAUGGUACAACUACAGCCGCCAAAAGGGCUUCACCAGGGUGACGGUGGAAUGGCUUCCAGCAGAAGCAUGUCGCGUCACCUUCGAUCUGUCGCGACCAUGGCAGUGGCGGCCUGGAUGUCAUGUCCACGUCUGGAUUCCACGAUUCGGUCUGUUAUCGACACACCCUUUCUCGAUAGCGUGGGCUGAGAACAGACCCCGAAAUCCUCCAAUGGAGAUCGAAAUGGAAAAGCUGCCUCCGACAUUUGGCAGCACAUUUGCCACACAUCAACAUCGACCGAGCUUAGCUACAGGGCUUCAGAACCGGGCAAGCUUGGCAAGAAUACAGACACACCAGUCGCGCAAGAGCGCCACAUUGACAGAAAUGGCGAACAUCGCAGAAGAAACACACAAAGCAGCAGCGACAAACAUCACAUUACCCCGAGAAGCUGAUGUCACAUCCGUCUCGCUCAUAAUACGAGCCAGAAACGGCAUGACCAGAAAUCUCUACGACAAACUCUCAAAGAAUGACAAACAGCCGAUCAUCACAUGGGGCGCCAUCGAAGGACCAUACGGUGGACACGACCCAAUGUCAUCCUACGGCACGGUCAUCCUCUUCGCAGGAGGCGUCGGCAUAACCCACUGUAUCGGAUACAUCCACCACCUCAUGCUCCAAUACCAAGCCGGCACCUGCAGCACGCGGAGAAUCCUUUUAGUAUGGUCCGUCCCCAACACCGAAGCGCUCGAAUGGGUCCGAAAAUGGAUGGACGAAAUUUUACGCAUGGAAUUCCGUCGCGACGUCCUCCGAAUCCAACUCUACAUCACGAAACCCCGCCAUCGAGGCGAAGUUGUAUCGGGUACCGGAAGCGUGCAAAUGUUUCCGGGAAGAUGCGUGCCUGCUACCGUCAUCGAGAAAGAACUCCCCGAACGCAUUGGGAGCGUGGGUGUGACGGUUUGUGGACCGGGAGCUUUUUCGGAUAGUGUUCGACAGGCUUGUAGGAGUGUCGUUCAAGAGGCUAGUGUGGAUUUCAUUGAGGAGGCGUUUACGUAUUAGAAACAGAAACAGGACCAGGGAAGAAGAUCCUGGGUUACGACGUUACGGCGGCUUUUUUCCCCCCCCCAAAAAUACUUUUCGAGACCGAUUUUUGUUUGGUCGAUUGAUUACUGCUCGAGAUACCACUUCGCAUGGGAAAAUAGGCAUGGGUUUUUGCAUAGCGUGGAGAAAGAAGGAAAGGUCGUUUUGUGUAGUGUAUAGAUCAUCUGGAUCAGAAAGAACAGAGAAGAAAGAAGGGAAGAGAGGUGAAGAUGGAUAUGGGACUGGAAAUGGAACGUAUCAUAGUGUAUGGACAUCAAAAAAGGGAAACGACAAAUUCAAAC